AUGAGAGAGAUUGCCGGGCCCCUCGAAGGAACGCCAUGGAUUAUUGGCGGUGACUUCAACACCAUCCUAUCACACCGAGACAGAAUUGGGAGCGACACCAGCCGGCAUGCCGAGAUGGUCGAUUUUGCGGAGGCAAUUGAAGACUGCAGACUGCUUGACCCCGGGUUCGAUGGAGUGGAGUUUACAUGGGCCAAAAACGGCCUCUUUGAAAGACUGGAUAGAGUGCUUGUGAGCGAGGCAUGGACUAGGGUCUUUGAGGCUACUCGGGUCACAAAUCUCCCACGGAUCGCAUCGGACCACGGCCCAGUUCUAGCACGGUGCAAGACUCCAAACACCACUAAUGGAGGCAAGGCUUUCAGGUUCCAGAAUAUGUGGAUCCGACAUGGGAGAUUUAUGGAUGUUGUGCAAAAAGCGUGGGAGGAGCCCACGGGAGCGAGUGGUCUCCUAAACAUCCAAAUCAAACAUGCUAGAGUUAAGAGAGCUCUAAAAGAGUGGAACAAAGAGGUUUUCGGGAACAUCCAUGCUAAUCUCAAGAACAAGGAGGAAGCUAUUGCCUUGGGUCAAUCCAAUUUCGAGGCAAGGCCUACUCCCGUGAACAGGACAUCGAUCAACAAACACAUUGCUGACAAAAAAGGGUGCAUUCAUUCGAUUCGUGCGAACGGACAAGAGCUAACUGAGGAAGCGGAAAUAAAGAAAUCAGCAGUGGACUUCUUCCAACAACUUCUCGCGCCUAGCAACCCGCCCCUCGAUGAGCCGGACCUCGACCUAAUCCAGCAAGUCCACACAGUCGAGCAAUUUGCGGAUAUUGCGAAGGCGCCAGAUGCGAACGAGGUCAAGAAUGCUGUCUUUAGUAUCUCCGGAGAUAGUGCACCCGGACCCGAUGGCUUCUCGGCCUGUUUCUACCAAGCCUGCUGGAACAUUGUGGGAUUGGAGCUGGUGGAAGCAAUAGGACUCUCAGGUAGUAACUACGUUACAGGAAAGGGGGGCGAUGGAAUACACUAUUGUGGUAGCCGAAGCGGUUUCGUUAAAGGGCGGCUCCUCAAUGAUAAUGCACUCUUGGCUCAAGAGAUGUUUCAUGAGCUUGCACGAUGCUCCCCAGCGCCAAAUGUAGCGGUGAAGAUUGAUAUGACUAAAGCCUACGACAGGGUCCAGUGGCCUUUCCUCUUUAAGGUGCUCCGACGCAUGGGUUUCCCGGAUGCAUGGAUCUCGCUUAUGGAGAGGUGUAUGGGCUCGUGUUGGUUCUCGAUUCUUAUCAAUGGGGCACCUUCAGGAUUCUUCAGAUCGACACGGGGACUGCGACAAGGCGACCAGAUAUCCCCUGCGUUGUUUGUGAUUGCUGCAGAGUACCUAUCGCGAGCCCUGGACAAGCUCAUUCUAGGCCAAAAGGAGAUGACCUUCAAAGCCUCCCGGAGAUGCAUCGAGAUCAGCCAUCUAGCCUACGCGGACGACUUAAUUAUUUUCACACAAGCGGCGGCGACACCCUUUCGCCGGCUCAGAGCUUGUCUUGAGCAUUAG